AUGUUGAUCAAGAAUCACCAGAUACGAAAAGGGUCUCAAACUCAUCAAUACCAAGCAGGAGCCUUUGAGACAAGGGAAGGUCACCGUCAUUAUCGACCAAUUGACAGUUAUAAAGGACUUCAUCGAUGGGACCCGGAGUUUGAAUUGACAGAAGAAGAAGAGAAGAAGAUCGUCAAGAAGAUCGACGUUCGUGUCUUGACCUUUGCCCGUCUGACAUUCUUCGCAUUACAGCUUGACCGAGGAAACAUUGGCCAGGCACUAUCGAGUACAUUUCUCCAAAAUCUGAAUAUGACUAGUAACGAUUACAAUCUAAGCCAAACCGUCUUUUAUAUAUGCUUCUUGUUAUCUGAGAUGCCUUCUCAGCUCCUAUCUAAGAGAAUUGGCCCGGACCGGCGAGGUGCCUAUUUGGCUCUUCGAGCUUUGCUGGGGAUUAUAGAGGGUGGAUUUAUCCCCGAUACAAUCCUUUUCUUGUCCUUCUUCUACAAAUAUGGUGAGCUUCCCAAAAGACUUACUUGGUUUUGGAUCUCUUACAUCAUUGCAGGAAUCAUCGGAGCAUUCAUGGCAUUUGGUUUACUCCACAUUACCGGCUCCCAUGGAGGAUCCUGGCGAUACCUUUCUGCGCAUGAGGGUUUGGUGACCGGUGUUAUUGGAAUUAUCGCCGGGUUUUGGAUGCCUGCGUCGCCCGUACAAACGAAAGGAUGGUUGCGCGAAAAGCACGGAUGGUUCACUGAGCAUGAAGAGAAAAUUGUCGUCAUCGAGUCAUUCGAGACGACCCUAGCAAGGGAAGUGUUUACCACUUUCGAGACAAAUCUAUUGGUGAUUCCUUCAUCUAUCAUUGGCAUUCUUACUAUGGCAGCCAUCACUUGGUGCUUAGUUCUGCUAAUGGCGUUGGAGUUCCUCCCCGAGCGAAGUAUGCCAUGGCAGCGAUGGAUAGUGUUUACACUUAUCGUUGGGACCCCGAGUAUUCAUCCGGUCGUGACAAGAAUUGUUGCUACGGCGUUGUAUUACAUGUCUGUGCAGCUCAGCAGCAUUGCGAGUUCUAAUGUGAUCAAAGAUGCUCCAUACUACAGACACGGGAACAAAGUUUUGAUCGCCUUAGCUGUGGUCAGUAUGACCCUUUUCGUGUUUGCAAAGCUCUUCUACGACUUCUUCUGGAAUAGGAAAAAUGCCGCAAUAUGGGAUGCAAUGACCAGCGAGCAACGCGAAAUCUACCUACGUGAGAACCCAGGCUUAAAGAAUAAGAGACUUGAUUUUCGCUUCGCCGUUUAG